AAUAUGUUUGAUUCGGUUCCAUUUGGAUGCCUAUCUUAUAGCUAACAUAGCAGAUAUCGUUACUUGGAAGUAUACACAGCGUUCCGUUAGCCGCCGCCAUGGGAGAAAGCUUAAGAGUUGAGAGAGAGAGAGAGAGAGCACCUAAAUAAAUCAUAAACUUGCUCAUUCGUGAUUUAUGAUGAAGCCCACCUUCCUUUUCACGUCACUUUCUCUCUUCUUCUCUUUCAUUUGUUUUAAUCUGCAUUCCUCCCCCCUCUCUCUCUCUCUUUAAUAGUUAAUCCUCACCCACACUAUAAAUAUCACCCCACUACAAAUCCUUCUUCACUAUUCUUCCCUUCAUCUUAUUCGUGUUGUUUGUAUAGAUAUGGGAGAUAAUCGCAAUGUUAAUCUUCCACCGGGGUUCAGAUUCUAUCCAACAGAUGAAGAGCUAGUGGUUCAUUUCCUUCAACGUAAGGCCGCCCUCUUGCCUUGCCACCCUGAUGUCAUCCCUGAUCUUGACCUCUAUCCAUAUGAUCCCUGGGAACUUGAUGGUAAAGCAUUGGGAGAGGGGAACCAGUGGUACUACUACAGCAGGAGGACGCAAAACAGGAACACCAGCAAAGGGUACUGGAAGCCAAUGGGAAUAGAUGAGCCUGUGGUUAAUAGCAAUAGCAGCAAGAAAGUUGGGAUGAAAAAAUACUUCGUUUUCUACAUUGGGGAAUCGGGUCCCGCCGGUAUCAAAACCAAUUGGAUAAUGCAAGAAUAUCGUCUCUCCGAUUCUGAUUCCAGCUCCAGUAGUCGAUCAUCCAAACGUAGAGGAGGACAUUCCAAAAUUGAUUAUAGCAAAUGGGUGGUUUGUCGAGUAUAUGAAAGAAAUUGUAGUGAAGAAGAAGAUGAUGGAACAGAGCUGUCGUGCUUGGAUGAAGUGUUUCUAUCAUUGGAUGAUCUGGAUGAAAUUAGCCUGCCAGAUUAGAUGCCCCCCCCUUUGAGAUAUAUCCUUUAGGGUUAAUUAAUUCCAUUUAUACAAAAAGAAAAAAAAAAAAGCUUUUUCUUAAAUCCAAAUGUAGAAUCAUGGCAUUAAUAUGUGUUUGUAGGGAAAAUGGAAUAUUAUUAUAGCAAGUAUUCUACAUAUAUAUAUAUAUAUUUGUGGGUAGUAUAUAA